CAUGUCCGGAAACACUUCUAUGACCUUUCGAAACAUGGUUGAUUACAUUAGGGCUACCUAGAACUUCCUAAACAACCUCUGAUCGUUCCUAUUUGAUUAAUUUCUAGUCGAAAUGGCAUCUUAUUUCAAUAAAAUUUUGUCGUUUUCACUAAGAGGCAAAUUCCUAAAAGGUGCAUAUGACCCAGUGGUUCAAUGCGUAAGAUUUCGAAAGCCAAUCCAUCUCCCAAUCGCAAAAUCGAAGGAAUUUUACGUGAGGAAGCCAACACCUAUUGUCCCAGAAGAGUAUGAUAUGUUGAACGCACGUUAUAUUGAAUACAGAGCAGGAGUUGAAAGUGUUAGGUACAUUAUUAUUUAAUUAUAAUUUAAAAUAUCCUAAUAUUUUUACUUACACCAUUAUUAAAAGUAUAUUAUUCACUUUAUAGUUAUAGAUUAUAUUUAUUAUAGUUAUUAGUUAUAGUCACAGUACAGAAGAAUUAGUAGUAGGCCUAAAUUUAAGGGACUGGAGAAUAACUCAUCUGUAGACUGAGACGGAUAGAUGAUGUUGAGAUGGAGUUACCUAGGCCGGAGUCUCUGCAUGGCCACAAAAGAUCGGUUUGAGUGGAAAGGGUCUAGGACCAAUGUUCCCUCUAAGGUAUGCUGGUUCGUGUGCAAAAUCAUACAGUUGUGUGCAAAGUUUUACAGCAUCAAUUUCUUUUGUGUGCAAAAUUUUACAGCCCACAAGCAUAAACAAGACACUUACUUGGAAAUUUGGUGCGCGGAUACUCAAAACUGCUGCGUGGCGUCUGGUGAGACAACUGCGUAGCCGCGCAUCUUAAAGGGAACAUUGUCUAGGACCAUUGAUUAUGAGAUGAAAAAUGAUAAAACUUUAUAGUAUGAAUUAAAUAAUACUAAUAAUAUGAGUAGGGCCUACAUAAAAAAAGAACUUAUUCUCAGAAAACUUUUUUUUUACCAUGACCAUUUCUUUAUUUUUUUUAUUGAUAUAGGUUAUGUUAGUGUUUUAUUUUAAAUUAAUUUUUAGUAGUACUGUAGCUUAUAAAUUUUGUUUUACCUUAUAAUUUUUUUAAUUUAAAUUAUUAUUUUUAAAAUUGACUUUUAGGCGGUUUCUCAAACAAAAAAUGUCAGAAAAGGAUGUGAAUUUAACAGCUAAACAAUUUACUGACGAUGUUAAUGAUUUUCUUUUAAUGGAAGAGCAAGUUAAAGAAUGGAACAAAUAUGUAGCUAUUCAAAGGUAAGAGAAUAUUUAACACCAAAAAAAAAAAGAAUUUAACAUUUAAAAAUUAUAUGAUUAAUAUGUCACAUUAUAUGACUUGUUAAGCAUCUGAUAUUAGUAUGAAAAUAAUUACCGUAUUAAGGAAAUCAAUCAUUUUAUUUUUUUUAUGGUGCUUUUUUUUCUAAAAAUAGCUAACUAAAUACAAGCAUAUGUUAACAUGACUAAAGUUAAAGCAUCUCCACUAUUUAGUAUUUAGGAAGAGGAGUAGAAAAUGAACCUCUUCUUUAUUGCAGAGAUUGCUUACAUAUUUCUUUUAUCCUGUUAAUUUUUCUUUUGUGACAGUCAAAAUGUUUUGAAAAUUGUUAGUUGCUUGUGUGCUGAUUAUGUUAAGGUAAUUAUUACCAAGAUCAAAAAUGGGCUGGUCCACUGCUCCGACAUCAAACAGAAACUCGUCCAUCUUCCCCCUCGACUGCCUCUAGGCUACUGCAGGCAGUUCCGGCUAAUAAAAACAAGAACUCAGUACAGGAGCUCCUCAUUCCUGCCAAAGACAAUAAGGGACUGGAACAAGCUUCCAAAAGCAACAGUUGAAUCGGCUACACUCGACACAUUUGUGUUUAUUGCCUCUUGUCUUCCAACCCCCCCUUGAAAACCAUGCAAAGUAACAUCACAAACCCCUCUGAAACAUAGGAGCCAGAAUGAUCAAUUCAUUGAUCAUGGGCCCUCAAAAUAAAGAAGAAGAAGAAUCCACGAGAAUCAUUCUGUACUGUGGGAGCUUUUGAGAGCUUUUUGAGUGCCUUUUGAAAUAACAUUACAUAACUUAGAAAUAUUGAUACAAAACCCCAAAAGGUAUUUAUUUUUAGAAAGGUAAAUGUAAGGGGAUAAAGUUGGCUAUAUUUCCCACCCUGUAAAAAAAUGUGUGUUAUUGUCCUUGACCUUGGAGUGCUUAAGAAAAAAAAUUGACAAAAUGUCUUGCUUUUAAGUGCUCAUAACAUCAUUAAUUUUUAUAGAUUCCAUUAAAAAAAUUAUAAAAUUUGGUAGCCAAUUCAUUUAUCUCUCAGAAAAUGUAUAGUUUGCUUAGGUUUCAAUUAAAAAUAAGCCUUUGAAAGCAAUUUUAGUAAUUUUAGGAAAUUUAUUACUGAAAAAAAACAAAAACAAACUGGGACCACAGCUAAAACCAAGUACAACAUACAAAAUCUCAGACAAAAAAGUUAUUAUUGAAUAGUAAAAAUUUAAAAAAGAACUAUGGAGCUGAUUUGGGUUGUCCAACUAUAAAAUUUUUUAGUUCUGAUUUAUAAUCUGUAGCUUCUGUGACUAAAGGUCAGUCAGUCCUAGCCAAACCUCUGGGCCUGGCUCGAAGUCUAACAGUAGGCCUACCUCAGUAUCACUAGGACUAGUAUCAGAUUCACUAGAAGAAGAAUCCGAACUGAGAUAGUCAUGGGGAAUGUUAAAAUCACUUAAAUCCUCUCCUAAAUGCUUUCAAAAAUAUAUCUGGUACUUUUACCCGAAGGCCCAGUCAUAGCUUCAUCCAUUUUAGCUAUAAAAAAAACUGGGACAGUGAACAGCGAUAUAAAAAUCAGAUUAAAAAGUACUUAUUUUUAAGUUUAAGUUAUCUACAAACAGCUUGACCCGGAAGAUAAUUUAAUUAUUAAUAAAAGGAAGUGGCUACAAUUCCGGUUAAAUAUUGGAAUGGAAGUUUCUAUCUGACAGUGUUUUUUAUCUGCUGAUUUUGUCGGCCACCACAGUACAGAAUGAAAAUAUGGGCCGAGUUUUUCGUCCAACCACAGUUCGUGGGUUAAACCACAACUGAAUAUUUUCUGAUUUUUUUUAUUUUGUUGUAACAGAGAAGCAAGACAGACUGAAGAAAUUAGACAAGAAGAAGAGAGAAUCCAACAGUUAAUAAAUCAACGUGCAGAAAAAAGGCUUCAGGACAGUAUUGAUGCAGAAAAGAAAUUAAAGAGAAAUAAAGUAAGAUAUAAAUAAUAUGUGCAUAACUUAUUAAAGUAAACUGCUUGUUCAACUUCUGAGUCUAAUUUCUGUUACUGCUGAUGAGACUUUAACAGAAUUCUCAUGUUUUACCUGUACAUUAAAUUAGAACUCAUGCGGAACAUAACUUCGGCUCUCCUCUCUCCAGUUCUUUAAAAAGCUUCAGACUUGACCUCAAGAAAUUAUAUUAAAUUUGAUUAAUCUUAACAAUUGGUUGAAAAGAGAAUAUAAAAAAAUAAUUAAAAAACUAGUGAAUUAUUUUUAUGUCUCCUAAUUAAAUUAAUGUUUUCAUAUUAUUCUUUAUAAUAAUAAAUAAUUCAUGAUGCAUUUAAUGUAUAGCAUAGCAUUUUCCCUUUAAUUUUAACAGGAAGUAUCUGCCAAUUUUAUUACUGCAAUUAGCAGAGACAAGCUUGAGGAUGAAAUAGAAAAGAUGUUGGAUAGUCGUAGUGAUUACAACUUUGCCAUUACAAAGACUGGUGAAAUUUUAAAGGGAGAAUAUCCUGAUAAAGCACACUUACAGAAACAUGGUCACUCAACAUAACUAAAAUUAUUAACAUGUUUAUCCUAGAUUUCUGUUUGUACCGGUAUUGAAUUUGUUUAUUUUUGUACACUACCCGUACUGGCUACUUUAAAUGUGUUUUGUAAAAUGAAUAAAAAUGUAAAUAUUAUAAUUAUAUGGAAAUUGAGUUGUAUCACACAUGUUGAAAAUGGUGUGUAAAAUGAUGUGCUAGUAAAAAUAAAAGCUGUUAAUAAUAAUUGCAAACUGGAUAUGGGAUUGAUAUUAUGUCAUGAUCAAUAUUUUAAGAUUAACUUAACUUGUCUCAUUAAAGGUGGG